AUGGACUUUACGCGUGAAUAUACUGCGGAAAACAUGUUUCGAGAUUACCUGGGCGUUCAUCCCAACCAUUUCCGAGGCGACAAUGAAUCCCAAUCCACACAACACACUCAAAAGACCAAGGGUGGCAAUUCUUCCAUUGUGGAUCCCAACGAAGUGAUUGGCAGUCAUCGGGGCAACUCCUCUCCCAAAAAGAAUAAUACUGUAGAGCAGCAGCAAACACAGCAGCAAUCAAAGCAGCAAUCAAAGCAGCAAUCGCAGCAACCGCAACAAUCAAAGUCUCAAACACGAAGCAUCAACAAGCCUACUAUUGCAUCCAGCAACAAGCGGCAAAGGAGAUCCACUUCGUUACCCCAACACGAACGUUUGCAAAAGCAACCUAGCGGUAGUACUACUACUACUACUGCUAGUAGUAGUAAUCAUUCGCCAUUGCGAAAGGUUAGUUCAACGAUUGGUCAAUCCACCGCCAAAUUCAUUGGGUACUUUGAUGGAGUCUGUGUGAGUGUCGGUGAUUGGUGGGGUGAACAUUGCCAUGCCAGCAUGUACGAGAGUGACGAUCAUCAUCAUUCUCAUUUUUGCAGUGGCAAACGAAGGAGCAAAGAUCGUCGUUCCAGUAGUGGCAGACGAGGCCGGAGUCGUACGAGCCGUCCACGAGAUGCGGAAUACUAUGCCAACAAGAAUUAUGCCGACGAUGAUGAUACCUUUGGAACCUAUUCGGAUGGUUCCGCCACGGAUGAUUCGUAUAGUUUUGACGAUGCUACCUAUGAUUCCUACGAUGAUCAGUUUUUGUCUCGAGACCAUGAACGGCGUCGUCGGAGCCAAAGCAGUAGAACCCGUGGUGAUACCGAUGACGAGUCGUUGGAUUCCUUGGAACGGGGCAAACGUUGGAGGGAAGCCAAGAAGCAACAAAAAAUGGAGCAACAAGAAGCUCAGAAGCAGCAGCAACAACAACAGCAGAAGCAGCAGCAGCCCUACACUCAAGUGGAACUUGACAAUGCCGGCAUGGAAUUCGAAUCGACCAUUGCGAGGCAACGACGAUUACGGAUGGAACAAGAACGCAUUGCCAUUGAACAACAACGGCAACACUAUCAUGAUGCUCUCGAACUGUCGUCCUCCAAGGCCUUGAGUGCCGUGAGCAGUGGCAGACGCACCACCGUUUCGCAGGCGCAUACCGAAGUGAUUCACAAUACGUUGCGGCGGCAAAUACAUGCUAGUCAACAGCAACAACACCAGCAACAACAACAACAACAAUAUCUAGAAUAUGAAAACGUGGACGGGGGGGCCACGGAAUGGCCACAAACAACAAUGCCAUCUCAACAAGGAAAUGUGGACGGGGGAUCCACCACAGAAUGGCCACAAACAUCAUCAUCAUCAGUGUUGCCACAUCAGCAAGAAGCACAAAAACUACCACAGAACAACGCUCUAGAGGAAACAGAGAAUGACAACAAGAACGAAGACGGUACGGAAAGUAGUAGUGAUGAUGAUGAAGCCCAACGAGCCUUUGAUUGGAUUCAUGAUCCAACCAAACGGGAACAAGCUUGGGCCAAGGCUACGGAUGAAAGCAUUGCCAGUCGAAGCCUUGGAAGCAAAAGCAUUGGAAGUCGAUCGCAGAGCAUUGAAAGUCGAUCGGUACGAUCACCCAGCAAUGCUGCUACUACUGCUGCUACUACUACUACUAUUGCUACUACUGCAAUCAAUAGGAGCCAGGAUGAAUCUUCGGUGCGAUCCAUUCCAUUUGAUCAAGCAAAAGCAGAAAAAGAACAGCAACAGCAACAAAAAGUUGGCGAUGGCUCGUCACUACAGUCGAAGCAACAUUCAUCGUUACUACCACCAUCAACAGCGGAUCCUCAUCACAUGCCUUCCCAACACUGGAAAAAAAUGGAUGACAAGGUACAAGCGGAACGGAAGCAACUUCAAGCGAAGCAUGAAUUGGAGGCUGCUGCGCUCCUUAUCAAAAAGCAAGAACAGGACGAAUUAUUGCAGCAACGAUUGAAAAUGUUUGGUCCGUCUUCUGGCGACCAUUCCAUGAAUUUGAACCUUUCUGCCAUUCCAACCGAUGGAUCGGAACAUGAUCAUCAAACUCUUGUCUUGCAGCACGAACAGCAUGUGGAAGUGAAUCAAAAGGAACAUGAAUUGGAACUCUUGCAAGGCGCCAUUCACAAACGAUUGGCACUGUCUCCAUCGGCUCAAGAACGCAAAGAAAAGCGAUUGCAGAUUCAACAAGAGAUUGCCUCGAAACGACUGUCGGUGCAAGAAAAGGAACAAGAAUGGCUAGAGGCUUUCAAAAAGAGACAAGCGGAAAUCCAACGAGAAGAAGAACUCCUCAAGAAGCAAUUGGAUGAAACCAUUCAGGCUUCCAACUCGUUGCCACUGGUUCCAACUACAACAAGAACUACUGCCAACAACAGUAAUUUGGAUUCGUCAUCCAGUCUCAAGUCCAAUGGAUCUUCCUCCUCCAAGUCAACGGAAGCCAAACGGCCCGUGGUCAAGUUUGCAUCUGCUCAGGAUGGAGUCCCACGUCUGCCCCCCUCGUUGGAUUCGGAAACGGCACCACCCGCCAAGACUCGGGAAGAACACAAGCAACAAAUUACUUCUUCGUUUGAUUCGGAGGAUCAAGCAUCUUUGGAACCCAAUCCACGCUUGAAACCAAUUCAAUGCAAGGUGGAAAGGCGCCCUGCAAGUCCUGCAGUAGAUGAAAAACGAGAAAAGCAAUUGAUCGAACAAAGGCGGAUGCGAGAAGAAUUCAAGGCGUCUCGAUUGGCAGCUCUUGGAGGAUCCAGUACCAACUUAAUAAUACCUGGACAAGAACAAGAGUCUUCUUCCAACAGCAAGAAGGAAGAGGGCGAUGGUGAUGCCAAGUCCAAAGCGAGUAAGGAUGAUUCCAAGUCGUCCAGUCAAGACUCGCCUCCAUCCAUGUUGCAACAGAAUGAAUUGACGCUUGGGUCCCAAUCCUUUUCCAACAUGGAUGACAUUUCGGUUCUGACACCAACGUCUACCAAAACCAUGGAGACUACCCAAACGACCCAAACCGCCAAAUCUGCCCAAACCAAUGCCAGCAAGAAAUCAACUUCCAUCUCCUUGCCAAGCAAGGGUUCCAGUCGAACACCAAUCAUGCCACCAUCUAUGAAGGAUUUGCAAGGAGGCAAGAAACGUGGAGAAUCGGCCCGAUUGGCCGCCAAGCGGAAGGAACUAGAAUGGAUGUGGAAUGCUGCCAAGGUUCCACUGGAACAAUUGGAAGAAGAACAACGACUCAAGCAAAAGAAGAACAAGGUCAAGAAACUCACUAUUGCAUCUCCUCCGGGAGGAUUGGGAGAAGCAAGUGUUGGUAGCAACAGUACUGGUGGCAGCAGCAAGAAGCGAGUGGUCGAGUAUGCUCCCGGUGUCACACCAGUGGAUCGAAUGCCAGCGAAGGUUUGGACCAAGAAAAAGGGUGGAUCGGUCACAACUACGACUACUGCUUCUACUACCACCAGCUCGGAAGCAGAUGACAAUCGUCGCGACUUGUUAUUGGACAAGCCUCCACCCAAGAAUCGAGUGUCGCAGUUGGUCAAGAAGCAACGUGAAUUGUCCGAACGUCAUCGCCGCAACAGUCUAUUGAGAGAUGGUCGUCGCAGUCCCUCGGUUUCCGUCGUACCCGAAGAAGCUUCUGUGGUCACGAAGGAAGCCAUGAGUGUGUCCAGUGAAAAUCCAAAUGUUUCGUUUUCGACUCAAACUUGUACUGCUCCGACGACAGAUGAAAUGAAUAUGGUCACUCCCGAAAAGGAUACCAUUGCCCCUUCUCCCACCAUUGCAACCGGCUUUGAUGCUUCGCCAUCCCAAAAGGCUCCUAUCGUAACGCCCGAGAAUAAGAAGUCCCCAUCACGAGUCAUGAAUUUUUGGGAGCAAAAGGAACAAGAGCAACUCGCCAAGAAAGCCCAAGAAGCGCGGCAUCAAAAGCGAGAAAGCUGGAAUGUGAAGACGUCUCCUUCCAAGCAAGUGCCAGCGCCAGUCAACGUUGAAAAGCCGCUUUCCAAGAUUGAACUGAAACGGCGAGAGUUGGCUGCCAAGCGAGAAGCCUUUCAGAAGCAAAAAGAAGAAGCUUCCAAGCGCGUCGAACAAGAAUUGGGGUUUCCCGGAUCCGAAACAAAUUUGAAUGAUUUCCGAGAAGAACAAAAGAAAGUCGAUGCCAAGGAGUUGGUGAGCAAAUUUGAAGAGCUCAAGGUUGUAUUGUCCUCGUCACCAUCAUCCGCCAAGGAAACUCAGCCAGAAUUCAAUGAUGGGUUUGGUGCUGUCAUUCGAAGACCACCUUCUCACCGUUGCUUGGCGGACCGCAAGCAAAGAGAAUUGGAUCGCCGCAAUCAAGAAUACUUGCAGUCUCUCAACCAAUUUGGCCGCAGCACAUCCCAAGAGACCAACUCGUCGACUGCCUGGCCGGACAUGGAACCGCCACGCCGAUACCCCUUGCAAGCCAAGUCUCGUGUCGUGGAAGAAGAAGAUGUCCAAAGCAACGAGUCAGUCCCGGAAAAGGAAAUCACUCGCAACCAACAACUUCGUCAAGCCUGGCGUCAGCGUGCCUGGAAGACACUAGACAACAAGGUGGAUGGCGAUGGAUUUCCAACCUUGGCAUCGGAUCAACUGGGUACGAAGGCUGUCCAAAAGGUCUUGGGAAAGAACAACCGAUUGGCAAUGUUGACCGAGCAGUACUGA